UUGUAUCACCUAAAACUAAUCGAGAUAGAUGAAGGUUUAUAUAUAUAUAUAUACAAACAACCGUUAGGUGAACCAAACUAUCAUUUUCUGUGGCGACAUGUUGCAAUAGUAUAAAAAUUAACGAUAAGAGCUUGGCCUGAUCUCAUCUCUAUUAUUCUAUGCCCAGUACUAUGCAUUUUUUCUUUUGUAUAGUGAACACACCUAAUGUUUAUCGGUAUUAAAUAUAAAGAAAUACCAGCAAGUGGGCACCACUCUCAGCUGUUUUUGUUGAUAAGAUUUUCGGCUGCCAAUUCAUAUAGUAAACUAGUAUCAACUUUAUCAUUUCGGUUUCUAAAUUAUCCGUGGUUUGGUUAGCUCGCAGCGAAAUGUUUUGAAACAACAACAAAGUUAAAACAUUAAAAUACAAAGCCAGUUACAAAAUUAAAACUGAAAUUCUACUUCUCCAGUUACGUGAGUCACGUGCCUUAGAAUCAAGUUAGGACCGAGCAGGUGCGGUGUAGUACCUACAGGUUGUUUUUGUUUUUUUCUUGCAGCCAUCGACAUUGAGUAGUGGCAAUUAUUAGUGACGAAACGGUUUGAAGACGCAAGAUAAAAUAAGAUAGUAACAAAAACGGUAUUGCGUUAUAGAAGUUGAUAAACUGUGUAUCGAAACUCCAGUGUUUGAAUCUUCUACCUGAUCACUAAUCUGAAAAAUGUCAGAAACACCGGUACUCGAACCUUGCAUACCAUUGUCAAUUGAGGAACGUACAUUGAUUGAUGUGACGGAAAAGGCGAAAGAUUGGGCUAUUAUGCAUGGUGCUGCUAUGCGCUCCAAAGCCAACUUUAGCUCGGAUUCACUAAAUUUUGCACCGUUUAUAUUGAUGCCGUCGUCCUUCCCACGCAAAGAAUUUGAAAAGGCUAAGAAUUUGCAAACCAUAAUCAAUCAAUUGAUGCAUAAUGUGGCGCAUGAUGAGGAAUUUCUAACAACAACUCUAGCCGAAACUGUAAAAGUGGAUGAGUUCACUGCAAAUUUAUUUAAUGUGUACAAAAAAGUACUCGCUAAUGGUUUUGGACAGUCAAUUUCGUUGGGCCUAUUGCGCAGUGAUUUGAUGUUGGAGACGAAUUGUGCAGAAUUGCUAGAAAAAGAGAAACAAACCCCGUGUGCCUACUGUUGCUGGAAACAAGUUGAAAUUAACACUAUAGCUUCUGGUUUUGGCCAUUUAGGACCAGUAAGCAAAGAUAUACAAAGCUUUGUAAUGAGCGAGUUGGGACAUGCGGAUAAAAUUAAAAAUAUGCCCGAAAACACUGCUUUGUCCAGCCUUUGUGGUGGCAUGAUCAAAGCGUGGGAGGUAUAUGCUGAGCCCAAAGCGGUUAUUCUUUUUGUCAUCGAAGAUGUUUCCUACAAUAUUUGCGAUCAGCGUUUCCAUGAGUUUUAUAUACGCGAACAGCGCCCAAAUAUAAAAGUAUUACGUCGUACUCUAACGGAGGUGCAUAAAGAGGGAAAAUUGGGACCAAAUAAAGAGCUAUUACUCUGUGAAUAUGAAGUGGCUGUCAUUUAUUUCCGCGCCGGCUAUGAACCUCGGCAUUAUCACUCGCAAGAUGAAUGGGAUGCGCGUUAUAUGAUGGAGUGUUCGCGUGCGAUAAAAUGUCCUUCCAUACACUACCAUUUAGCCGGCACUAAGAAGGUACAGCAAGCGCUUGCUCAACCCGCGAUGCUAGAACGGUUUAUAAGCGACCCAGAAAAGAUAAAAGCUGUGGGACAAAUCUUCACUGGGCUCUACUCGUUGGAUGACUCUGAAGCAGGCAAUGCCUCAUACGAAAUGGCAUUGAAAGAACCGGAACGUUUUGUGCUGAAGCCACAACGCGAAGGCGGCGGUAAUAAUGUAUAUGGUGUUGACAUUCCAGAUGCACUGCGGAAAAUGAGUCGCGUUGAACGCGCCGCCUGGAUUCUUAUGGAUCUAAUUCAGCCACCAAUAUCCAAGGGUUACAUGAUACGUCCGGGUGGCAAAUCGCCACCAGAAGUGGUUGAUCUCGUUUCAGAGCUGGGCAUUUUUGGUGUAAUACUAGGUGAUGUGGAUAAUGUGAUUUGCAAUUACCAAGCGGGUCAUAUGCUGCGCACGAAACUCUCGACUGCGAACGAGGGCGGUGUUGCAGCGGGACUUGGCGCCUUGGACAGUCCUUAUUUACUGGAUUAGGGUUUCAAUUAUCAUGUUUUGGUUUUUAAAAAAAUUCACACUUUUCUUCAUAUCUAAUUUUUAAGUAUUCUAAAUUUUUUUAUUUUACGAGCGGUAAAAAGUUAGUCUUUUUGAUAUUUGCCAAUUUUAAACCUAACGUAAAUCUGAAGCUACUAUUUUGCAGAGUUUUUGGCUUUUGCCUAUUUUGAUAAAAUUUUGGAAUGUUUUUUUUUUUUUAAUAAAAAAAUAUCACGACUACUUAUCAUGUAUGUACAUAAUAUGCUAUUAAAUAAAAAAGUAGAACACAAUUUUUUAAUACAAAUCAUAUUUUAAAAAUAUAUGUAUUUGUAUUGAGUAGAACAUGUCACAGCAAUAAUCAAAAAUAUAUAAACAUCGCCAUUUAGAAUGAUUAAGAAAGAAACAAUUAAAACACAGAUAAAAUUUUGACCUCAGGACAUUACUACACAUCUUCAUAUACAAA